AUGUCAGACCGUUUAUUCCAAAAGUACUCUGAGAUCCUUUUCACAGGCUCGUACACAAAGUUUUCUCCUGAAAAACUUCACCAGCUCCAUAAAGAUGUUGGCCAGAUUCUUCCAACUGCCCAGGAAAAGCUAGACUCUGCUGAGUUGUUUGAUCUUUACGAAUUGUACUUUCACGUUUCGCUUCUUACGAAUCAUGAUGUUAAUGCUAAGCUGAUGCUUGAUAGAUUCAAUGAUGAGUUUUCUGGCCAGCGGUCCCAAAAGUACCUGAUUUUGAAGUCCAUGUAUUAUGAAGCCACAGGAAAAGAUAGAGAGGCUGUGGAUGCAUUGGGCGCCAGCACCGAUGAGCUCCGUGCUUCUAGAAGGUUGGCUACUUUUGCUAGAUACAAGGCUGACGGAUCUGAAAACGUGGCUGAAUAUAUCAAGUCGUUGACGUUCUACUUGAACAUCCAGCCUUCUGACGUUACUACGUGGGCAGAAUUGGCUGAGCAGUACGCUAAGAUUGGUAACUACGAAGAGGCUACCUUCUGUAUCAAGGAAGUGUUGCUUCUUGAGCCAUUGGCAUACAACAUGUUCUACAAGGCUGGUCUUUACCAGUACUACCACUUCUUGCAACAAGACCAGGCCAAGUCUGAAAAGGAAAAGGAUCUCUUGGCCCUCUAUCCUAUCCUUCAAGCCGCCAGAGACUCUUUCCUUCGUGCUGUGGAACUCAGCGCCACCUUCACCAAAGCAUGGGUUGGCAUUGCCACCGUCGGCGACAGCGACUUGAUCAACAGAUUAGAAAACAGCAAAAAGGUCAGCGCUGACUCCAAAGUCCUGGCUUUCGUCAAAGAAACCAUCCAAGUUAGAGAAUUGGCCAAACUGAGAGUCAGAGAGUUGGAAAAACUCCCAUCCGACGCUGACCUCAAGAAACACCUCAUCAAGCCUGAAAUCAAGGCCUAG